AUGAACAAAGUCCAAUUGAUUCGACAGAAAUUGCUUACAGCUCAAAGUAGACAAAAAUCUUAUGCGGAUAAGAGAAGAAGAGGUUUAGUGUUUACAAUUGGGGACAAAGUGUUCCUACGAGUCUCUCCUAUGAAAGGUGUGAUGCAGUUUGGGAAAAAAGUUUUUCAUGUCUCAAUGCUAAGGAAAUGUAUAUCAGACUCAUCUCAGGUGCUUGAAGAACCUGUUACAUCGCUCGAUGAGAACUUGUCUUACGAGGAGGAGCCAAUGGCUAUUGUUGAUAGGCAAGUAAGGAAGCUACGGUCAAAAGAAAUUAUGUUCCUUAAAGCGUUAUGGAGAAAUAAUCCAGUUGAAGAAUCUUCGUGGGAAGUAGAAAAAGAUAUACAAGUGAAGUAUCCUCAUUUAUUUCAGUCCACAGGAAACACAUGA